AUGGCCAACUGGCGCUACUUUGGUGAUCAAUUAGGAGGAGCUUUGGUCAUUGAUGCCGAUACUCCUAGUGUUGGCACAGAUUCUUGCCGAACCAUCUGGAAUAUUUAUGCAGUGAACAUCGACGGAUCACAUACUAAUGGACCUAUCACACUAUCUCGUAACACCAAAUCAGUCCUUCAAGGAUUGAUUUUGGCUCCAAAUGCUGCCAUCUUGGAUGGACCCACUGGAAACUUUGCUGGAUUGUUGGUUUCGUAUAACUACAACUGGCAAAUAUCCAAUGUCGACAUUUUAGAUUUUACAACUGCGUCCGGCGGCUUGUGUAAAUCGUUCCUUGGAUGUGUUCCCAAUCGAAAUACCACUAGCAGCAGCACAUUACCAUCCUCAUCGGUUAGCGUAACAGCAUCAUCGAGCUCAGCAUCAUCUUCUGUAACAUCGUCAGCUACCUCCACUUCUAAUGUAGUUUCUAAUUCAAGCAAUAUCAAUGGAGGUUCAUCUAGCACAGGUAACGAGAUUGUUAAAUAA